AUGAGUCCCUGCACCGAGGACCCCAUCUCGGACACACAGGCCUGUGAGAUCUCUUCCUCCUUUGGUCCCGGGGCUCCCAACCUGGAGUUUGGGGACUUUCUGGGGGACAAGGACACACUGGACGAUGAUGAGUUCGCUGCUGACUUUGCUGCUAAGUUCGCUGAUGAGAUGAAGUUUUUGAAAGAGUUUCCCAGGUGGAAACGAGCUGAAGAAGAUAAAAUUAUGAUUCUCCAUGCCAUUGCCAAUGACCUUGACGCCACCCACAAAACAGUCAACAAGAUCGGCGUGGUGGCCAACUCUGUAGCUGUCAUCUCUGGGGCCAUGAGUAUCCUGGGAUUUGUCCUUGCUCCGGUAACAGCAGGUGGAAGCCUGGCACUCUCAGUAGCUAGCCAGGGGCUGGGCACAGUAGCAGGGGUCACCAGCAUUGUGACCAGCAUGCGGGAACAUUUUAAGAAUAAACGAGCCCAUACCCUUGCCAGCAGCUUGCUGCCCACUGGUCACCUGAAGGCCCCAGAAUUCUCCUACCUGGCAGGGGCUGGUGAGAUUGCCAGUAAGUGUGGAAAUGCUGCCUUGGCUAUGAAGAAGGACAUCCAAGCUUUUCAGAGGGCCAAAGAAAACCCACACUUGGCCAAGGCUGCCAAGAAACUCCUGACCAACGGCCAAGUCUCAUCCCUAACGAGCAGGCAGGUAGAGAAGGUCUUUAAGGACACAACGCUGGCAAUGUCCAGAAAGACUCUCAUGGGAGGGGCCAUGGCCAUCUUUAACCUUUACUGUGAUGUGGAUUCACUCUUGAAGAACAGGAAGCAACUGGAGGGUGAGGGAGAUGGGACAGAACUGGCGAAAGAGCUGAGGACCCUGGCAUCGAGGCUGGAGAGGAGACUGAUGAAUUUCAGCCAGCGCCACCAGAGGUUACAACAGGUGAGGCCGGAGUGA